GCAGGUACGCUCCAGACCCUCCGUGGGCGGGUUCGGAAUUCCCUUUUCCGUGACUAUUCUUUACUUAACACCUCGUCACAGUCUCCUGGUUCAGAACAGAGUUCUGACCCAGCCACUUCUCCCACGCCUGAGGAUGCUGGUCCUGCUGUAGAGUUGGACUCCUAAGGACAGCAGGAUGCGAGUGGAGGAAACUGGAAUCCCCGGGCCUCAGGACUGAGGUUUAGAUAUGAAUCAAAGCAGUGAAGGAUGUAUGAAAAAGAUUAGCAAUGUGAAUAUUGACAAACUUAUAAAUGACUUCUCACAGAUAGAAAAGAGAAUGAUAGAAACCAGUGGAAAGAACAAUAUACUGGAUAUGCAGUUGGAAAAAGCUAACUGUUUAUUGAAAGUAAUGCAAACAAAGGAGGUCGCAAUUAAAGAAGAAUGUGCUACUCUUCAUAAUAUGAUAAAAGGGCUACAACAGACCAUUGACUAUCAACAUAAUUUGAAAGGUGAAAAUGAACAACUAAAAAGAAAUGCUGAUCUUAUGAAAGAAAAGUUAAAAACUCAUGAACAGGAAUAUAAGAAUAGUAUUGCCAAACUUAUGAGUGAAAUGAAAAUCAAAGAGGAGGGACAUAAGACAGAAAUAACAAAACUUUAUCAAGAUAUGCAGAAAAAAGUUGAAUUAAGUGAAGAAAAGAAUAAAGAACUGAUAGAGAAAAAGGAGGUGGAAAUUUCAGAGUUAAAUGCAAAGUUAAGAACUCAAGAAAAGGAAAAACAAAAUGAAAUAAUCAAACUACAGCUAGAGUUUGAUGCCAAACUAGCAAGAGUUCAAACUAAGUCAAAAUCAUAUCCAGAUUCUACAGUUUUGCCACACAGUAUCUACAGAAGGAAGCUUCAGCAUCUUCAAGAAGAAAAAAACAAGGAGAUUGCAAUUCUUCGUAAUACCAUUCACGAUUUAGAGCAACGCCUCUCUGUCAGCAAAGAUUCUCAAUUUAAACUUGCUGGCAAAGAUUAUCACUUUAAGCGUAGACGGUUUUGAGUAUGGAAGUAAAUUCAUUAGUUGCUAUUUAAUUUCUUUAAAAGCAAUUGAAAAUUCACUUCUAUUGUCAAUAUAACAUACUACCUAAGUAAUUACAAUGAAAACAAAAAGACAGCUUUAAACUUCAUUGAGUUUAUUUAAACAAAUGCACACUUUUGCCAAUCGCGUUCUGCAUUCUUGCUUAAUAGUAUUAACCAUAAAAAAGUUCAGGUUUAUAGGACUUAGUUUACCUAUUGAACCAUCAUUGACUAUGGAAGUACUUUCUAAGCAAUCAAGAGAUAGACAACAUUCUUUUAUCGUUUCCCAUCUAUCUUUCAAGACUGGCAAUCUUAAAUUUUAAAGAGUAUGAUACAAUGCCAGAUAAAGAAAGCAAGAUAUAAAGACUUAAUUCAUAUGUGAUAGUAAAAAUCAAGAUAUGAGUCUUGGAUGUAAAAAAAAA